UAUAUUCUGUAUAUGAUAUCAUCUUUGAAACAUUGGACUAAUUUAUAAUUCUUAUUUGAUUACAUAAUUCUUUUUGUCUGAUACUUUCAGUGUUUGUCAGUAUUUAAAAUAAUAUAAAAUAAGAAAUAAUAUAAUUUUGCAAAUAUAAUUUCAGUUGAGUAGAUGUUGACAGUCGAUAAAAUUGCGGAUGAUUUCAUCGAUACUUACCGACGCGUUUAAAACAAUGGCGCAUAGCUCUUGUGUUUACAACUUCGACACGAGUCUAAUUGGUCGCUGCCGGCACAAAUUCCGAAAUAGUUGGAGUUUAUAUACAAAGAUUUAAAUUAAACACACAGUACAGUUGAAAUAGUAUUCCACGAAAUAAGUUUAGUGCCAAAAUAAAUUUAGUUGUAAUUUAGUUAUAAUGUGAGAUACAAUUGGGAAACUGAAACGACGUAUCGAAAAACAGGAAAGGGUAGGAAGUAGAAAGCGUGAUAAAGAUGAGCAUUACCGGUAAAAAGCUCUAUAACAAGCUUCACAAGCUGCGUCCAGAUCUGUCGGGGAUCACGUCCGAGAUAUUGAGCAAGGUCUGCGACGAUCCAAGCACGCAGCCUUUUCUGGAAUGGUUUUGCAAGAACGUGAGCUGCGCUAAUGUUCUCUCCAGUGAGGAGAUACAAUUAAAAAAAACGUUAGAAGAUGCGGGUGAAUGGUUGGAGGGCGAAGCAUUGGACGCCGCGUUGGAGGAAGCUACGAGCGAUUGUCCAGACUUGCUGAAGCUCACCAACCUUGACGAUAUGUAUCAAGAUGAUUUAUUAGUGGAACACGAAACAUUGAAGGAAAGCUACAAAGAGGAUGAGGAGUAUCUUCAGUUAUUGCAUCAUAGUAUAAAAGCUCUGAGAGAUAUCAAGAACAAGCUGGAUGACGACAUUGAAGAAGCAGAAGUUGCAUUGAAUAAAGAGCAGAUUGAGACUGAAAAAGCAUACGAUGAUUGCAGUGUCAUUCUAAAAGAGUUUGACAAGAAUAAUUGUCAAUUUUCCAAGGAUGUCGAAAAUCUCUUGAAUGUGUAUGCCAACGCUGCUAAAAAUCAAGGCAGCGCGGUGUUGUGGUCACAAAUGCCUAUCGACUUGUUUGUCAAACAAAUAGAACUCUGCAAUCACUAUCUGAGUAUUCACAUAAAGAAGCAAUUUGGAACUAACAGUAGCAAGGAAGAGCAUGAAGAGAAUUCGGAUUAUGAAUCUCUAAUAUGUGAUAAUAAAGACAAAUUGGUGGAUGAAAGGAUGCACGAGUUAUUCUUGUGUAAGACAAACUUAGUGAAUUCAAAAUUAGAAGAAAUGAAUGCCAAUGUUGAAAAGGAAUCAUGUAUGGCCAUGUUACAAUGUAUACAGGAUAUUUACAAUGGUGGAGUUUUAAAAAUGCCUAGGGAUAAUAAAUUGGCUGACGAAAUACAAACGUUAACUAUGAAAAGGGAUAUCUUGGAGCAGAAUAUUGAACUUUUGCGAGAUCAACAGUUGUCGGAGGUAGUGCAAUACGCGGAAAUGGAGACAAUAAAGAUCCUGAAGAACGAUGCACUCGCCCGUCUCGAACGGCGGAAAGCUCGCCUCGAGAAGCUCAAGAAUUUACACUCUCUCGCAGGAGAGCACGGGCAUGUUUACGUGGACUUGCUGUGUAUGCUAAUGGAAAUGCAAUUUCGUUGUCUGCACGAGGUUGCCGAGUUUAUUGCUGACGCUCGUCAUUAUCUUAGUACGGAAUAUAAGCUAUCUUCCGCAAGAUGUGAAGUUAUGCAGCAGGUGCAAGACGAAUAUGUGACUCUCUUAACACAAUCUCCAAAUGCGUAUAACGCGUUUAAUAAAAUAUUUAUAUCCAUGAUGCUCGGCAACAAUGCCUCGGACGAGUCACUUUCUAUCGCAUUGAAAAGAUACGAUGACUUAAUAGCGAACAACGCGGAGAAGAAGAAAACAAUGUUGGAAUCUUAUCAAAAUAAAAUCGACAAAUUACGAAAAUUGAAGAACGAAAUUGACAAAGAUUAUACGGCUGAGACGCAAAAUGGACCGACAAUCAGUCUCAGACCAGUUUCGUACGAAAUAAGCUGCAAGUGCGAGGAAAUAUCCGCAGUCGUUCAAGAAGUACAGGGAGAUAUAACCAAGAUCAGGAAUCAGUUCAAAGAACGAAUAAGGAUGGACACCAAUCUGGAACGCGAGAAGGACAUCCUAUGGCAGAGAUUUCUGGCAGAGCCCGAUACGUUAAGAAUGCGCUAUGAGGAAGCGAAGCAGAAGGCAAAUGAGUCUCAUUUUGGAAAUGACAUGGAAAGUAAAACAAAUCAGUAAAUUAACAGUAUUACAGACAAAUUGUUUAGAGGAAAAUAAGUAUUCCGACAAUUUCUAAUGCUUUUAACGUACGGAUAUUUAAAACGGUUAUGUAUUUUUGUAUUUUGUACUUUCUUAAAUCAAAAGAAUCUUAUAAAGCAUCGUAAAAUACACUCGGUAGAAUAUCCCAA